UCAUCAGCACAGGUAGCAAUGCAGUCUCCUGAGAAUCGAAAAAGAGCUCCAGCAUGGACCGCACGGGAGGUACUGGAUCUGAUCGCUAUAUGGGGAGAGGAUUCAGUGCUAACAGAACUCCAUUCCAAAAGACAAAAUGAAAAAAUAUUUGAAAAAAUUUCCAAGGCUAUGAUGGCCAAAGGCCACACCAGGGACUCAGUGCAGUGCAGAGUGAAAGUUAAGGAACUCAGACAAGCAUACCAGAAAACCAAAGCAGCAAACGGAAGGUCCGGGGCAGGGCCGAAAACAUGCCACUUCUACGCUGAGCUGCAUGCAAUUUUAGGGGGCUGCACCACCACUACCCCACCCCUGUCCGUGGAUUCCGAGGUGGGGGUUGUAAUCUCAACCAUGGCUGAGGAUUCUGCAGAGGGGGAAGAUGAGGAGGAGGAGGAGAAGGAAGAGGAGGACGACCUUGCAGCGAGCACACAGCACUCCGUUAGCUCCAACAGCCAGGAGCUUUUUGUGACUCGGACAGAAUUACCCUCCCAGCCUUCCCAAGCCACUAGCCCAGACAGUGAAGCCAUGGAAGCGACCUCUGGACACUUUGCCACGCCAUGCAUGUAGCAAGUAAUCGGGUAUCAUUGCAUGACAAAGCAUAGCUGCAUAUGGUCCCGGUGAUUGCUGGCAUUCAAGAAACAUCCGUUCUUUAUCUCGCUCUGUUAUCCUCAGCAAAGUGAUAUCAUUCAUGGUAACCUGGUUGAAAGUCAGGAAUUUAAUUAAGGGGACAGAGAUGGACAUUUUCCUACUGGGCUGUUGCUUAAAAGAAAUCCUUCCUUGCAUGUAGCCAAGUGGGGGGAGGGGAGGAAGGAUAGCGCUGAGCUUUUUUGC